AUGCUGGGCAACUACAUCUUCAGCCACUUCUAUGAUGUUGCCAUCGUUAGCACUAAGCUCUCUGUCCUGGCCCUGUACUACCGCGUCUUCGUGACACCGGCAUUUCGAACCAUUGUGAUCCUGACAGCGGCAUUCAUCCUUCUAUGGCUUGUCACCAUGGACGUCGUGCUCGGUCUGGAGUGUCGGCCCAUCCAAGCUUGGUGGGGAGCCACGGAUGGCUCGUGUGUGGAUCUGGUCGCCUUCGGCUACUUCACGAAUAUCAUCAAUCUUGCCUCCGACAUGUGGAUCUUCCUUGUGCCCAAUCCCACCAUAUUGCGGCUUCACACCAGCAAGUACCGCAAGAUCAGUCUGUGCUUCUUGUUCUCGGUGGGCCUGGGAACCUGUGUUAUUAGCGGUGCGCGCUUGUCAGUCAUCUUCUCCACGGGAGUGACAGAUAUCACUUGGGAUGAGGUUCCGUUGGGGAUCCUUUCCGCGUGGGAGCCCUGUGGUGGCAUCCUCUGCGCCAAUGUCCCUAUGAUUUACAGGGCCUUUAGCAAGAUGGUGGAAAAUCCCUCUUCUGUAAAUACGGCCUCAGGGGGAAGCCUAGACUUCAGCAACCAUAAGAGGCCACGUGACGGAAGCAACUGGUUACCACUCAAUGAGAGCCGCAGCCUCGGUGGAGUUGGUUCAUCCAUUCCACAUUAA